GGCUCGCAGCGCGUCCCGCGGCCCCGGGAGCAGCGGCCCCCCGGCCACCGCCGCCGCCCCCCAGCGCCUCCAGCCGCUGGCCACCACCCGUCUGCCCCCUCCUCCUUCUCGGCCCCGCUGCCCCGCCGCAAUGAACCCCCCCGCCGCAGCCAGCGGGGAGGAGACGGGGGCGGCCGGUGGGGGCGGCUGCCGGGGGGCCGAGGGUGGUGGGGAGGCGGCGGGUGCCGCCGGGGUCCCGGAGGAGCCGGGGCUGUCAGCGGCGGAGGAGUCGCUGGAGGAGAAGCUGCGGAGCCUCACCUUCAGGAAGCAGGUGUCCUACAGGAAAGCAAUCUCCAGGUCAGGCCUCCAGCACUUGGCUCCUGUGCAUUCCCUCAACAUUGCAGUCUCCAAUGGACCUGUGAAGGAACCAAGGGCGGCCUUAGAGUGGACUGAAAAUGCUGUGAACGGAGAGCAUCUGUGGCUGGAGACAAAUGUUUCUGGGGACCUCUGCUACCUGGGGGAGGAAAGCUGCCAAGUCAAAUUCUCAAAAUCUGCUCUGCGGAGGAAGUGUGCUGCCUGCAAGAUUGUGGUCCACAAUGCGUGCAUGGAGCAGUUAGAGAAGAUUAAUUUUCGCUGCAAACCGACUUUCCGAGAAGGAGGCUCCAGAUCUCCAAGAGAAAACUUUGUCCGACACCACUGGGUGCACAGGCGGAGGCAGGAGGGGAAAUGUAAGCAAUGUGGAAAGGGCUUUCAGCAGAAAUUCUCCUUCCAUAGUAAAGAGAUUGUGGCCAUCAGUUGUUCCUGGUGCAAGCUGGCGUUUCAUAAUAAAGUCACCUGUUUCAUGCUACAUCACAUUGAGGAGCCAUGUUCCCUGGGGGCUCACGCUGCUGUCAUUGUGCCUCCCACCUGGAUCAUUAAGGUGAAGAAACCUCAGGUGGUCUCCAUACCAGGAGACGAGCCUGAUUGGGCAGGAGACUGGAGCCCCGAAGGGGAAACGGGCGUCUCCUACCCCUAUUGGGAGGGUUGGCAGAACUCAUUAAAGACUUCAACACGGCGAAAGAAGAGAACGUCUUUUAAAAGAAAAGCCAGCAAAAGAGGCAAUGAAGAUAACAAGGGGCGGCCAUUUGUGAUAAAGCCUAUCUCCUCUCCACUCAUGAAGCCUCUGCUGGUCUUUGUCAAUCCAAAAAGUGGAGGGAAUCAGGGCACCAAGGUUCUCCAAAUGUUUAUGUGGUAUUUGAAUCCACGCCAGGUCUUUGAUCUCUCUCAGGAAGGGCCAAGAGAUGCGCUGGAGCUGUACAGGAAAGUGCCAAACCUGCGGAUCCUCGCCUGCGGCGGGGACGGGACGGUGGGCUGGAUCCUCUCCAUCCUUGAUGAGCUGCAACUCAGCCCCCCGCCUCCUGUGGCUGUUCUUCCGCUUGGCACUGGGAAUGACCUUGCCCGCACCCUCAACUGGGGUGGGGGUUACACAGAUGAGCCAGUGUCCAAGAUCCUGUGCCAUGUAGAAGAUGGGACCAUUGUCCAGCUGGACCGCUGGAAUCUCCAGGUUGAGCGCAACCCUGAUUUGCCACAGGAUGAGCUGGAGGAUGGGGCACGUAAGCUUCCACUCAGUGUCUUCAAUAAUUACUUCAGCCUUGGAUUUGAUGCACAUGUUACGCUGGAGUUCCAUGAAUCUAGAGAAGCAAAUCCAGAGAAAUUCAACAGCCGAUUUAGAAAUAAAAUGUUUUAUGCAGGGGCAGCCUUUACAGACUUUCUGCAAAGAAGCUCAAGAGAUUUAUCUAAGCAUGUUAAAGUUGUGUGUGAUGGUACAGACCUGACUCCAAAGAUCCAGGAGCUGAAGUUCCAGUGUAUAGUGUUUUUAAACAUACCCAGGUAUUGUGCUGGCACAAUGCCCUGGGGAAACCCUGGAGAUCACAGAGACUUUGAGCCUCAGCGCCAUGAUGAUGGCUACAUUGAAGUCAUUGGGUUCACCAUGGCCUCACUGGCUGCUCUCCAGGUGGGUGGUCAUGGAGAGAGGUUGCAUCAGUGCCGUGAGGUGACACUUUUAACAUACAAGUCUAUUCCCAUGCAAGUGGAUGGUGAACCAUGUCGAUUGGCUCCCUCACUCAUUCGAAUCUCCUUAAGGAACCAAGCCAACAUGGUGCAGAAGAGCAAGAGGAGAACAUCCAUGCCUUUGCUGAAUGACCCUCAUUCCAUCCCAGAUCGCCUGCGGAUCAGAGUGAACAGGAUUAAUUUACAAGAAUAUGAGGGGCUACAUUACGACAAGGAGAAACUCCGGGAAGCUUCCAUUCCUCUAGGAAUUAUAGUUAUACGAGGAGAUUGUGACUUGGAGACCUGUCGUAUGUACAUUGAUCGUCUACAAGAGGACCUACAGUCGGUAACUUCUACUACACAGAGAGUUCAUUACCAGGACCAGGAAAGCUCUUUCCCCAGAGUACUUUCUGUUCAGAAGCUCUCUCCUAGAUGGUGCUUCCUAGAUGCAACUUCUGCUGAUCGUUUUUACCGCAUUGACAGAUCUCAGGAACAUUUGCACUUUGUGACGGAAAUUUCGCAGGACGAGAUUUUUAUUCUGGACCCAGAGCUGGUAAUGUCACAGCAGGUGGGGACGCCACCAGGAAUGCCUGAUCUGGUAGUGGAGCAGGCCUCUGGAAUAUCAGAUCGGUGGAACCCUGCGGUUCGAAAGAGGAUGCUGAGUGACAGCGGCCUCGGCAAGAUUUCCCCACACUACGAGGUACCUGACAAACAAAAGGACGCCAGCCAGACACAUAUGCUGCAGUCACCGGUCUCUUCAGAAGAUCAAGCACUUUUACAGGCAGUCAUAGCUGGUGAUCUGCUGAAGUUCAUAGAAUGCUGUAAAAAAGGAGCCAAUUUGUUAAUGCAAGGACCGGAUCACUGCUCCUUGUUGCACCAUGCUGCCAAGACUGGGCAUGGCGAGAUUGUGAAAUACAUCCUGGAGCAUGGUCCAUCUGAAUUACUGGACAUGACAGACAGUGAAACGGGUGAGACAGCAUUACAUAAGGCAGCCUGCCAGCGCCAUCGUGCUGUCUGCCAGCUCCUGGUGGAUGCGGGAGCCUCUCUGAGAAAGACGGACUCCAAGGGUAAGACCCCUCGUGACAGGGCUCAGCAAGCUGGUGACCCAGAUCUGGCCUCCUACCUGGAGAGUCGACAAAACUACCAAAUGGUUUCCCACGAGGAUCUGGAGACAGCAGUCUGAUGUCUGAAAAUGUCAAAGAGGAUCCUCAAAAAUCGCAAGGCUGCACCUGAGGCACUCGGGCAUCAUGUGAAGAAGAAGCUGAUGGAAUCAACGUGUCUCUCACUCUCGUGGAAAAUACCUGAGGACAUGCCGCCAGUUUCUAAGGGCUACUGAGUCUUGCCACGGAACAGUUAGGUUCCAUAAGUUAGCCCAUGAUGGAUGAGGCGAGACACUCAAAGGUCUGUGGAAUCCAUGGGCCACGGAAAUUUACCUUUAUUGCUUCCAGCAAGUAGCAUGAACUUCUCCCAUGUUCAUCUGUACAAUUUAUUUAAAAAAAAAAAAAAAAAAAGGAAAGAGAAUAGAGGGUGUGGGGGAACGAAACUGGGACAUUAAAACACCCACCCAGGCCCUCCUCCAUCCCUAUAGUUUCCUGCAUUCCUUUUAUUCUCCCAUUCCCCUCACUUCUCAUCAGUUAAAUAAUACCUGUUAUCUCUGUGUUAAGUCUUCACAAAUGGUCAGGCAGUAGCAAAAAAUUUGAGGACCUCUGGAUGCCCUUAGGAAAAACCCAACAUUUUUACCGCCUAUCCCUCCCUUGCUGUCCGCUCAGAAGCUGUGUCCUCAGUGCUCGAUCACCAGGGAGUUUUCUCACUUUUGAAGAGGACUCUGCCUAUUGCCUUGUUUCCUAGGGUAUGAGGCACAGUUAGAUUUACAGCAGCAACAAAAUUUUGCCUCCUCAUUGUUGCUGGGUAUGUGGUUACGGUAUCUUCAUGAGACAGUCAUUUGUACGGAAAGGAGUUACAUGGGAUACACCAUGUUGCAUGGCAGAGCAGAAAGUUACCAGUCAGGUUUCUCCACACCAUCAUUGUGCGUAUAAGGCCAACCUGGUUCUGCUCAGAUUUCAAGCCUGCCUAAAAGUUAAUAGCUAUUUUUUACUUUUGAAAAGAUGGGGUUUACAAUGGGGAGAGAUCUGUGCAAAAUGGAGGGGGUUCUGAUGGACUGACUUAUGGACCCAGUCCCCUUUGCAUUACAGCCGGAGGUAGGAAGGAGACCGCUAGAACAUCAGUGGUCAGCCUAGGCUUGCUGCCAUCAACAAACGAAUGAGCACCGCCCCGGUCGCAUUGGGAAUAGGAAAACCUUCUUUGGCUGAACUUGUAAACUAUCUGAGUCCCCAAGGGAACAAAAUUUCAGAGAGGCUAUCCCACUGGAGGAGGACAAGCGGCAGCUCUUUGCCUCGUUACCUACUAUAGGCUCGGAAAUGUAAAGUUGCUUAGACGCUGUAAAGGUCAGCCGUGUCUUCUCUACUCAUCUGUUCCCUGUCUUACCUCAAAGAUUAUAACCACAAAAGAAGAGAAAGCAAACAGACAUACACACAGGCAUACACAAAAUGUUCACCUUCAGGUUUUCAGUCGCUGCAGACAACUCAGCUGCCAGAAACAGCAGAGCUUCCACUUUAUCUGACCAGUUCCCAUGAAGACGCUCACGGCCUACUUUUGGCAUAAUUCUUGCAAUAGAUUUCUGAAUUUUGCUUUGUUGUUUGUUUUGAAAGAUCCACUGGUGUUUGUUUUCACACACCUUGCUAGGUGUAGGUCUCUGGUAGACGGUGAUCAUUGGGAUUACAAGCAGUUUGGAAACCAUGAAAAUAACUCAGGUCAUUAUUCAGAUAAGUUUUUCUUCCUUGGUAGAAGUUGUGGAAAUGAAGUGAAUGCAAUUAUUUUCUUCUUUUUUUUUUUUUUUUGUUAAACAAGAGCAAUUGUUGUGGCAGAGAGGGAGGAGCUGAAAAAUAUGCUUUUUAUUUUUUUCUGUUUUCAAAAGUUCAUUUGAUAUGAGCAAAAUAUUUCUUUAGUAUUUCUUCCUCUGGAAGGAAACUAUAUAUAUUUGUAAUCUAUAGAUCAAUGGCGACAUGAAAUGUAUUUUGUCUUAUUUUCUGUCUUUACCUUUCUUGUUUAAAAAAUAAAAUAUAAAAGCCAAAUUCCUUCCCUUGAUAAUCAUCCAGGGGCUUGUGGCGAAGAUCAGUAUGUGUAUAUAUUAGAACAGAAUUUGGCAACUGUUAAAAUAAAAAAUCAGAGUAUAAUUCUGGUGUAUGUGAAAUUUCCACAAGGAAGAUCCUCAUGCUGUGGUUUCAUUGUAGGCCUUGCAUCAUUUCCCAGCUGUGAGGAAAGACAUUGCUGUAAUAUUUCUAUAUAUUUGAUGAAAAAUAAGAAUUAUAUCCUUUUGCUUUGAUUUACUGAAGUGAGAAACGGAGGAAGCUUCAAUAACACCAGGGCCCGGGUCCUGUCCUGUGCUGAGGCCAGAGGAUGGUCAGCGAGCCCGUUGCAGCUCCCUGGUCCUUUAGUCCCGUGAAGCAGGUGGAGCGGCGAAGGCCUGCCCUAAUCACAGGUAGCUUCCAGAGGCCAGAUGUGAGUUAUGGCAAGGGAGCUGGGUCUGGUCCCUCUUUGUCCCCAGCGGUCCUCCCCUCGGCGAGACAUCCCUCGUGCCCGGGGAGCGGCCGCAGCAGGGGCUGGCUCUGGAGCAGCUGGGCAGGACGGGCAGAUUUCCUGAGCUCCUUUGUGCCAUUCGGACUGCUCAAAGGAGCUUAGAGAACACGAGAGAGUCUGGCUUGCCUUUUUCCCUGGCAGCUGGAGUACAAUGCUAUGAUCAGAGUGAGCCUGUUGUGCCUCUGGAAAGCUGCCCGUGCUGUGUGCUCGGUAGGAGGCAGUUACUGUAGGCUUAAAAUAAACCCCAGCGUUGGAGAUAGGACAGGAGCUGGCUGUAGGUAGUGCCUUUGAUAUUCAUGGUGUCCCAAAGCACUGCACACAUAAUACAUUAGAUACUGGCGAUGUAUUUGUAGAUAAUAGAGCAUGUAUAUUGUUUUCUGUGAUGGCUCACACACAGCCAGGAGUAUCAGAAGUUGGUUCACUGAAGGAAGCAAUCUGGGGCCAGAAUGCUGCAAGAUUAUUUCUUACCCCUUUUCAAGUGCCAUGGGAUUCUCGAUUUUGGACAGCCACCAGAAGCAUGCAGACUCUCCAGCAGUUAAAGGUGACACGUACGUAUUGAAUCUCUUGAGCACUUCGGGUCUAGCUUAGUAACAGUACCGUCGUGUCUGCACUGUGCAGACCAGUUCCAAAUUUCAGUGCAGCUGACAACCCACUUAAAUUACAUGUAAAACAUUUAGAUGUACUAAAAGUGUCUGUCCUGUGGCUGUGUCUAUUUACGUGUGUAUAUUACUAUAUAUAUGUAUAUUUAUAAUUAUCAGUAUGCAUAUAUAUAGACUCACACACACACGUACGCGCGCACACUUUUAGAGCUGUGCCAUUUGAAUGACAAAGUACCUAGGGUUGCUCAGCUACUGGGGUUGCUGGACUGACGAAAUGUCAUUUUCCAUUUUAAUUUGUUAUUAAAGGGGACCCUUUUCAGUAGAACUGAGGAGCUCCUGAAUUGUUCUAUUGUACUGAUUUUACUAUCUCAUUUUGGAGUUAAAUGGAGGGAAAGAAAAUAUUUAUAACGUUGAUAAAAUAAACUUACUUUUGUUAUUUAAUAGCAUCAAUUACUCUUAUUUCAUGUUUCAAUGAAAUGAAAGACAUGGCGAUGUUAUACAGUUCUCACUAAUUGUAGCAUCCCUUGGUAUUGUGAGGUGUGAGGCUGAGUGACUCAUGUAAGACAGCAGUUCAAGGCAAAUUUUGCCCAUUACAAAACAGGCCUUAGACUCCAGUGGCUCUUUCGCUGUUUCAUGUGAUGGCUUUUCUGUGUUUUAGCACUUUCAGAUUUCUGUAGGUUUUUUUUAUUAACACCUGUCACGCUUGCUUUUCCCCAGCAGCAGUAGAAUUGCUGAAUCUCAACUCAUGGUGCUGUAGCCUGGAUUCAGACUGCAGGAAAUGUCCCCUGCUACAUGAGGACUGUCAUAUAGAAGCACCAGAGACAUAAAGAAAAUAGAACAAAAUUGAUGUUUUGUUGCCAUUGAUCUUCCCAGUUAUAUUUGCAGAGCUGGUGAUGUUGUGGAUGAAUAGAUGGGGCACAUGGUUUUUCUGGUGGUGUGGCCGUGGGAAGUUUGAGUAGUAUUUAAUGGCCUCUUUUGCUCAUUUUUGUCUUUGUUUUUGCUGUGAUGGUGACACAUGUGGUAGUAAAAGUCACUAACACACAACCUCACCUAGAAGCUGGCUAUUUCCUUUCAGCCAUCUCAGAUGCCUCCUGUGGGGUGUGUUUAUGCGUUGACCCUUUCAGUAUAUCAAGACCAUGUUGAGAUGAUCUGACUCUGGGCAAAAGCUAUGGAAUGGGCAAGCUGCAUUGGUAGCCUUAAGCUUGUUGGGGGUUUAAUAGUACUCAAGAAAUGUAUGGACAUGCUGGGAGUUUGAAUGCCCUGAAAACACUCCAGGGACAAUUCUGUCCUUGCACCCCAUGUACUCCAAGAAGGAAGCAGUUCCUCGUGCUGAUCCAUUUGAAGUCUGUUAUGUUCUUUCCCCCGCUUCUUGCUUCUUUUGCACCAGACUGACAUCCAUGGAGAAGUAUUCUAUAAGAAUGGUGUUUAAGCUUGUUGAAGGUAACAUUUCUAUCAUCUCCGUUACGUCUAUGCAUUUCCAUUCAUCAGAUAUUAUUUCCUCUCUUUAUUUUCUUCAGUGAAUCUGAGCCAAAGUGACAUUGCGUCUUCAGUCAUUUCAGUAGUCCUGGAAACAGCUUAUCAUAUACCUGUGCCUUUCUGGAUACCUGUGAAGCUAUAGGACACAGUAUUACAGGGUUCACUGUGGUACUCAUCUUUUCAUUUUGCUUUCUUAACAACAAUGCAGGCAACUAUUUUUCUUAGUAAUGGAUAGCUACAGCUUUAAAAUCCCAUGAGCUGCCUGUCCAAAUCUGUUGAUUGCAAUGGCGACUCAGUAAUGUGCUAAAAGUGACUUGCUAGCAUAUUGAUGAAGACCAGAAUUUUAUGUGGAGUAUGUGUCUUGAGCUUCAGUGCUUUAACUCCCUUCGGAAGUGCAGGGCGCAGAUCAUGGCUGCACUGUGGAAAUGCCUCAAGUGGACCUAUAACCCAGCCCAGCACCCAGCUCUUGGGGCAAACAGACUACAGAGGGGUCAGGAUGUCUCAGCCUUUGCUGAGGAGUUACGGUUGCAGACAGACUGCAGCAGCUCGGCACUUAGCUUGGGCUGCCCAAAAGUAAGCCAAGUACUUGGGCAGUUUCUCACUUCUAAUUCUAUUUAAAAGCUGGCUUGGGAGGGAUGGACUACCCAGCGGUCCAAGCAGUGACCGUGGCUAAGUUGUGCCAUGGCCCCACGCUUCUCCAGGCUGCCUACCUGAGAUCCUCUGUAGGAACCAGAGCUCAGGGGCCUCCCUUUCCUUCCCCAGCAUGUUUCCAGCACCGCUGCCCAUCGUGGUGCCCACAGAGAGCGCCAUUCUCUCGUCCCCUGUACAUGUGCGCUGGAGCAAUGGCCCCCACCUUGGACAAGGGAUUUCCUGGCCACGUAUGGUGCCAUUCCUGCAAAAGGGGAAAAUUCCCUCCCGCAGGCCUUGAUCACACCAGUAAAUUCAUUACAUUUGACUUCAGUGAUUAGGCAGGCUUAGAGCUGAAUAACCUUACUGUAUUCAGCCAUCAGAGUGCAUCUUGUCUCCUGCCUUAUUUAUAAGGUGCCACAUUCCAGUCUCAGCUGCAGUUUCUUGUUUCUCAGACCGUGCUUUUUUUUUUUUUUUUAUAAAAAAGAAAAAAAAGACAAUCUAUUCUAUGCAGUACACAUGUAUCUAGUUACCCAGAGAGCGGGGAAGACAGGCAGCUUGUUUUAAAAACUCCUCAUUCUGAUGUGGCAUGUGACGACUUCUAGAGUCUAAGCAGGGGGAUGCCUUGCAACAAAAGCAAUUGUUUCAACAUAAACACAUCUAUAAUUCAGGAAAUAAUUUGAUGCUCAGCCCUUUAAAAGCAGUCAGCUUAUGCUCCUGGAUUCCCUACAUGGAGGAGACUGUUUGAAUCUAAGGCAGCAGUGAUUCUCUUGACACGCAUAUACAAGAAGGUGAAUAUCUGAGAAAGCAAAAGAUAUGCUUUCUUUAGAAAUUUCUUUGUAUUAUUUUGUCCUUAUCCACUAGAAACAGAAGUCUGAUUUGGGAAUGCUAUUUCAGAGUUCACCAAUAUGUUAACAGCAUUCAUAUACAAAGUACGUAGAAGCUGCAGUAUUUUGACAUGCAGGAAAUAAGCACUCCUUCUUUUAGCAAUAUAGUACUACAUACAUAAUUGCUUCAUCUAGAGCCAGCCUCCUUUUGCUGGCAAAGUGUAACACCUGGCUCUUCAAUUAGUCCCUGUCUAGGAGGCUGCUUGAUGUGUAACCUACCACUCAGCGAAGUGUGCGCGGUGGCAAUCCAGUGCUCCGUUAUGACAAGUGCUGCAGCAAUUAUCUAACUACUAAUGCAUGAACCACAGUAGCAAUUCAUUUCUUAGUGUUGCACUUUAUUUUAAUGAGAAAAAUGCCCUUCUGGUUCCAACUGACUUAAUGACCUUCAAUUAUAAUUUUUUCCUCAGCCUGUGGCCAAGCAGAGGAAGAAGGCAGUCCCUGUUCCUACAUGUAUUCAGGAAUCCAGGUCCUGAGCCUAGGAACUGUGGGAACCAGUUAGGUUUUCAGGUACGGAGAAAAAGCUCAAGAAGCUCUUGAGCUUGAUGCAGCAGACAAGAGUGAUUUCUGCUUGGCUAAUUAGGCUCUAGUACAUAGUCCCACUUUUCUAGGACUUUUUUCCUGUAUGCCAUUCACACAAAAACCGAAAGAAGGCAAAAUUAGAAAAGCAAAGCUAAGCUGGGCCCUGGGAAUGGGGAGCCUACAGAAUGGUUUCCAUAAGCAUUGCUAUUUUCUGGUUAGCUAUUGAAUAUCACUGUAAUGAGUAAUUAUGUACCAUAAUUAGGUGUAUCCACUUUAAACAAAGUGAUAUGGGUGCAUUUCUUCUCCAAGCUCACUGCUCCCAAUAUUUAUGUCAUCCAUCUGCAGGGGGCAUCCCGUUCCUGCUCCUGAGGGGAUCCCCACACAGGCUGGUGGGGCACACCCUUCCAUUUGCAAAGCGUGAGGCUUCAUGAAGAGAGAUGAACCCCGAGUUGUGCAAUGACAUCUCCUUGUUCCUUAGCCGUACUGGAGGUUUUCACUCCAAAUUAAUGGAAACCACGCCACAACAAAAGAAAUGAUUGCUAUAAGCAACAAAGUGAAUAGGUGUCUCUCCUCUCCUGUCCCCCACUUCAGCCCUUUUCCCAGGGGCUCUUUUCUUGAUCAGAAUAGGAAAACUGUUGUUGAUGUGCCUGUUUUAAUAGGAGAUGGGUGCAGUUGUGUGUUGUUCUCUCCUGCCGUCUUGCCUCUGUUGUAAAAGCCUCCUUACCUCUAUGGCAUGUGGGAGCAUUACAUUCAUUUCAAAGCUAAGAAAAAAGUGAGCUUGCUGGCAGCUAAUGGCAGGAAGGAAAUGAAACAUAAUUUUAUUUAAAUUUGAUUUUAAAAAUUUUCCAUGCUCUUUGCUUUUCCUUCCCUUUUUUUUUUUCUCUGUCCUUUUCAGACCUUCUUUACUGAAGUCUUUAUUCUUUGAUCACAUCUACUUUCCUUAGCUCAUGCUACCUUCAUUUUUGACUGGAAAGGUCAAAAUCCUGCUCAUGUGGUUGCCUCUGGGACACUUCUGCUUGAUCAGUUAUAGAUGUCUGGAUCUCCUCUGGCCAUGCCCAGACAUGGGCAGGGAAUGUUGAAAUUCUGCUGUACUAGGGGUGAGUUGGACCUGCAGCACUAAAGGUACCUCUGAGGGUAGCUGUAACGUCUCAGGAUUAAGCAGAUGAGAAGCAUAAUGGACUUGGAUAUUUCACACCUGAGGGGUUGAUUUCGACCCUUUCAGGUGUAGUUUUAAUAUCAAUAGGAAAAAAAUAUUUUUUGAGGGGUCUAUUCUCAUGUUCCUUCCCUUUAUGCUUUUCCCGUUAAAUAAUCUUUGCCUGGGCAAAUGUGAUUGUGUUGCUCCAUGACGUGCGUGUAAGAAGUGUCAGCUGCUUCCAAUUGGUGAGUGAGUGUGCUGGUCUCUUGUGCAAAAUGUCUGGCCCUGCUACCGCAUGGCUUUCUGCUCAGUAUGUAUCUCAGAAAAAUCACAGGGAGAUAGCAGAGGCUUAUCAGGUUUUUUUAUUCCAUUUACAUGUCACUCCAGCGUGAUUCUCCUCCAUCUGCCUCCUUUGAUCAUACAACAGCUUUGGGAGAAAAGAAAAUAAGUGGCUGAGCCUUCAAAGCACUGAGCAGCUCUUGGGAGCUUUGUCUCUCUCUAGCUUACUGCUGCACCUCACAGAUCUGGGGAAAGGGAAAGGGGGGGAUGCUUUAUGUGCAGACAGAUCCAACUAUCGCCUUACUGGCAAAAGUAACGUCUCUUUGGAGGCUACCUAUUCCAGACACUCCACCGUGUGCCAGGUGGAGUGUAAAAUACAUACAGACAUCAGUAAGCCCUUAGGAGCUGCCUUCCUUUCUUAAGGGCUCUUCCAAGCUCUUUUUGUUUCUUUUCCAGGUGCGGGGCAGGGGGCAGCCCCAGGAUGGGGAUUCCCGCCUCCGUGUGGGAAUGCCCUUUGUAAUGGGUGCUCUCUAGCUGCCCUCACGCCGUGGGUUGCAUAUGCUCUGUGCCCUGUAACUCUGUUGGAAAAGAAAAUAAUCAAGGGUUAAAAUCCCUUUCCAAAUGGACUUGGGAGCUGCCAGCCUUGACUGCUGGCCUGUCAGGGUGCAGCGCAUUGGGGAGGGGAACGUGGAAUAUGACUGCUCUGUACAAAUCUCAGCAAGAUAAAAUGUGCUUUCACAGUGUGAAACGAAGGUUAUUUUUCUUCUGCCGCUAUUAUUUUGUGCUGUAAACCCUGUGACAGUCUUUUUGGAUGCAGCCGGCUUUUUGGAAGCAGGAGGCUUUUGAAAGAUUGUGGAAAGUCUGGCCAAUGAUAUAGCUGAGGACUCGUGUUCUGCAUCUCCCACACAAACCUUCUGGCAGUCUGUGGAGGUUUCAGUGUCCUCUCUGACUCAGUGAGCAGAACAUUUUGCUACAAACUACAGGCCUGCCUUUGUGCCACUGUUACUGCUACUCUGCUUCCGCACAGCUUUUACAACAGCUAUGGCUUUGCACCCUUGCACUGGGAAAAACCAGGAUGCAUUGUGGGGAAACGUGAUUCUCCUAUGGACACAAACAUUCAUCAAGCUGCAAGUGUGUGCUGAUAAAAAUGCAAUGUAUAUAAGGACUGAACCUGGUUUAUGAGACUGUUACUGCUAGCUUAGAGGGGAUUUAUUGUGAGCAAGAACUGACCUGUUGUUUUAUUGCAAAACACAAAGGUUAUGCAAAAAAUGAUCACUCUCUUUAAUGAUAUGCUUCUGUCUUAUGACAGUUUACAAGUCUAACUGUGUGUUACGUGGUUGUGUGACAGAAUAGGGAGAGCAUGUGCUGUGUGUUAUAAUUCGUCAGCAUGUCUCUCUGGAGGUCCUGUGGUCAAAGGGAUAGAGCAGAAGGCAGCAAAUCAAGGGACUGAGGUUUUAUUCCUGCCCCUGUCAUUGAGUCAGUUUGGGUAAGUCAUUUAACCUUCCUGUGCUUCAGUCUCCUUAUUUGUAAAAUGAGGAUACUAUCACCUUCCCAUACACACACAGGUAAGGUGCUUUGUGUUGCGAGGCCAAAAACUGCUGUAUAGUAACUAUUUAUGAGGUUUUUGUCAUGCCUUAUAAUGUUGCUUCCAUAUAGUAUCCUGCUUCUUUUGGAACCAUUUUUUGAAGAGCAGUGGGAGUAGCCUUGUCCCAUGCUUUUUAGUUUAGCUGGCUUAAACUGAGAUGGUAAAGAGUGCUGGAAGAUGACAAGUUUCUAAUGAGCUAGUUUGCCCUUCUAAUGCUUCAUUUCCAUGUUUGAGCUAUCUUGUAUUAAAAAUUUUAAGUCAGGUGAUUUUUUCCAGUCAGUGAAAGCAUUCAGGUGGUUGCCCUCCCUCCAGAGGAUAUUUUGCUGAAUUUUAGAGCAAUUGUAUUCCAUCAUAUUGAGUUAAUUGAGACAGAGUGUUUCAUUUGGGAGAGCCCAUCUCAGAAACACCUCUUUUUCUCAGCUCUGUCCUACCAUAGAGGUAUCACAGAAUCUUUUGCCCAGAAAUCACCACUGGAGUUUGUUGAUGCAGAAGGUUUCUGGGGAACGAAGCCAAACAUCUGAGGGAGCAGACUCUCUGGCACUUUAGCAUCUCCUCCGGCCGUUUGGCAAAUGAGAGAUGAAAAUUGAUCUUUAUCAACCAGCGAGGAAAACAGGUAGCAAAGAGUUAGGGAACUGGAAGUGUCGCCUGCAAAGAACAGGGCUAAGACGGAGUCGUCCAUCACGUGGGAUGGUGAUGAACAGGCUCAGGAUGGAAAGGCUGUUUCCUUUGGGCUAUGUAGUGGAUAUUCACUUACUGCUUCGUGGCAAUGGUGGAGGAAGGAUAAAGGACAGAUCCUGAUCUCCUCUGCACUGAAUUCACUCCUGGUGAACCAUGGUGUGAUAGAGGUCAGAAUCUGGACCUCACCAUAAUGUGCUUCGUCCCCCAAACAGAGCAGUAAAGCCAAACAACAAAUGUGCAUAUUCAGCCAACAUUUCAUGGGCAUCCAGAGUUCCAGUAUUUGUACAUAUCCUAUUAUCUGAACCCGCAUCUGUUCCAGGAGUUGUAAUAACAUCACAAAGGGCUCUUUUAUGCUGCCUGACCCCGUGCAUAAUGCCCCGGAGCUGUGCAUCAUGAGGCUGCCAGCUGGCAAAAGGAAUCCGAGGCAUGCAGCAGCACCCAUGAAAUGAAGCUAUAUGUUUAACAGAGAAUCAGGGUCCAGGUAAUCAGCAGUGAAGGGGGAUACGGGAAGGGGGAGGGGUUUUUUUGUAACAAAGUGAGACAGUAUUUUCUUCCCUGAUUUUCUUGCAUUUCCUAUUUAUACAGAGUAUCUUGAUCACUGUGUUGCUAAACAAGGAGAUUUUAAACUGGGGGAAGGAGGAAAUGUGUAUACAGUGAAAGAGCUGGUUACUGUUCCUUUUGGACACUUUUUCUGUAUUGUGACUUGUGUGGAAAUGUACAGAAUAAACGUGAAG